ACGAUCCCCCAAAGAUGUUUAUCUCCUAAUCUCCGGAAUUCGUGAAUAUAUUAGCUUACAUGGCAAAAGGAUUCUGCUGAUGUGAUCAAGGGCAGAGACCUGGAAACGGGAAGAUGAUCCUGGAUUACUCAGGUGAGCCCUCAGAAUCUUUUCCAGCUGCAAUCAGCGGUAGACUUGAGGAUGGAAGGGUCAGAGAGAUGGCACAUCACUGGCUUUGAAGAUGGAGGAAGGGACCAAAGCCAAGGAAUGUGGACAGAAGCUGGCAAAGGCAAGCUAAGGAUUGUCCUAUGGAGUCACCAGAAAGGAGUGCAGCCCGGGUGACACCCAGGUAGUACUUCUGACCUACAGAACCGCGAGAUAAUAAAUGCAUUGUCUGUCAGAUGAUACAUUUGUGCUGUUUCAAGCUACAAAGUUUGUGGUUAUUAGUUAUUGUGGCAAUAGGGAACGGAUACAGGCCCCGUCAGGUAUUUCACUCAAUCCAUGAAAUACCUUACAGUAUACAAAUUUUAACAUGCGCGGGAGCCACUUACGGAUCCGUCUAUCUGUGCUGCCUGGGAGUGUCAGAGGCCGUGUCCUUCAUUCACCUCGCGGGUGGGCGGCGCUGCCCUGAAGAUGCUCCCGGAUCAGUGCAGACGGCUCAGCGUUCUCCUGCGUUCAGCGAACCGCCAGAAACGUCAGAUGGUACGGAGGAAAACACUUUACGCUUUAACAGUAUCUUUACGUUUAUUUGCAGCAAAUGUUGUUGGCUUUGUAUUUAAAGUAUUUAUGAUUCACUAUAAAGUGUAGGAUCCAAGAAAACGCGCUAGUUUCACUUGGCCCCCGUGGGUGUCCCGGAGAGCUCUCCAAGGAGGGAGUGGCUCCUGAAGUUCCGGGGCUGCUGCACCACCACGGAAGAACCAAGCUCCACAGAGAAACCAGAAGCCGCAACCGCGGGGACGCCCUCUGCCAGGCCUCCACCGCCUAAGCGGCCCUUUACAGGUACCGCAUUCUCAAGCCGCCCAGUUAUUUCCAGCUUCGCAGAAUGCCCGGCCCACCAAGCGACCUCAAACCUCGCGACACUCGCAACUCCCGCGGCCCUUCCUGCUACUGGCCUCUGAGGGGAGAGACAUCGGGAAGAUUACUCCGCCCACAGAAAGGAAGAUUUCGUUCUCGCGAGAUCCCAAUGACAAUUGGGGAGCCCGUUCUCGCGGGAUUUUCCAAGACCGGGUUGGAAGUUGCGGGGGUUAGGCGACGGAGGUCAGAGCCUAGGAAGAUCUGGGGUUCGCCUUGCCAGCCUCCAGUCCUCCACCGGCGGCGGCGGAGCCCAAGAGAACUAGGUGAACACCGCCUUACCAGCGUCACACAGCGUCCCCUGGCUCUGCCGCCGCUCCGGACGUCGCCCUCCUGUUCUCCUUGGGUCCCCUUAGUCGCUACCUUUGCUGGGAUCCCCCUCCUCUAUCCCGUGGCUUCGGGUUGCCGGAGAGCGAUGCUCGGAGGGCGGCCGGAAGUGGCGUUGGCCGCCAUUGGCCCGCUGGCCAGCCACCUCGCUGUCCUCCGCCGCCUUCCGGGUGUUACGUGCAGCCGGGCUCGGCCCCGCCCCCUGGCCGGAUGGAUCCGUCGGCGCCACAGCCCCGCGCGGAAACCGCAAGCAAAGACAUAUGGCAUCCUGGAGAAAGAUGUCUUGCCCCUUUUCCAGAUAAUGGAAAACUUUGUGAAGCAAGCAUAAAAUCUAUCACAGUGGAUGAAAAUGGCAAGUCAUUUGCAGUCGUCUUGUAUUCAGAUUUUCAAGAAAGGAAAAUACCUCUUAAACAGCUUCAAGAAGUAAAAUUUGUUAAAGAUUGCCCUAGGAAUCUUAUAUUUGAUGAUGAAGAUUUGGAAAAACCUUAUUUCCCAAACCGAAAAUUUCCAUCAUCUUCUGUUGCUUUUAAAUUAUCUGACGAUGGAGACUCUAUUCCUUAUACCAUCAAUAGGUAUUUGAGAGACUACCAAAGAGAAGGAGCCCGGUUUCUUUAUGGACACUACAUCCAUGGAAGAGGGUGCAUUCUGGGUGAUGACAUGGGACUUGGAAAAACAGUACAGGUUAUUUCAUUUCUGGCUGCAGUUUUGCAUAAAAAGGGAACUCGUGAGGAUAUUGAAAAUAACAUGCCAGAGUUUUUACUAAGAAGUAUGAAAAAGGAACCCCCUUCUUCUACAGCAAAAAAGAUGUUCUUAAUAGUUGCUCCUCUUUCUGUCCUCUACAACUGGAAGGAUGAAUUGGACACCUGGGGAUAUUUCAGAGUCACUAUUUUACAUGGAAACAGAAAAGAUAAUGAAUUAAUUCGUGUAAAGCAGAGGAAAUGUGAAAUUGCUCUAACAACUUAUGAAACACUGCGCUUAUGCCUGGAUGAACUUAACAGUUUGGAAUGGUCCGCUGUCAUUGUGGAUGAAGCUCAUAGAAUCAAGAAUCCAAAAGCUAGAGUAACAGAAGUUAUGAAAGCUUUGAAAUGUAGUGUCCGCAUUGGCCUCACUGGAACCAUCCUUCAGAACAACACGAAGGAACUGUGGUGUGUUAUGGACUGGGCUGUGCCAGGCCUUUUAGGGAGCAGGACCUACUUCAAGAAGCAGUUUUCUGACCCAGUAGAACAAGGUCAGAGACACACGGCAACAAAGAGAGAACUAGCCACUGGCCGAAAGGCCAUGCAAAGACUUGCCAAAAAGAUGUCUGGCUGGUUUCUCAGGCGCACCAAGACUCUUAUCAAGGAUCAGUUGCCUAAGAAGGAAGACCGGAUGGUGUAUUGUUCUUUGACAGAUUUCCAGAAAGCUGUCUAUCAAACAGUGUUAGAAACAGAGGACGUGACUUUGAUACUUCAAUCUUCUGAGCCUUGUACCUGUAGGAGUGGCCGAAAAAGGAGAAAUUGUUGUUAUAAGACCAAUUCUCAUGGUGAAACAGUGAAAACCUUGUAUCUCAGUUACCUUACAGUCCUUCAGAAGGUAGCUAACCAUGUCGCGCUACUACAAGCUGCUAGUACUUCCAAACAACAGGAAACACUUAUCAAAAGGAUAUGUGAUCAGGUAUUUUCCAGAUUCCCAGAUUUUGUGCAGAAAAGCAAAGAUGCAGCCUUUGAAACACUUUCUGACCCUAAAUACAGUGGAAAAAUGAAGGUCCUUCAGCAGCUUUUAAAUCAUUGCAGGAAAAACAGAGAUAAAGUUCUUCUCUUUUCUUUUUCCACCAAGUUGCUUGAUGUGCUACAGCAGUACUGUAUGGCGUCUGGGCUUGAUUACCGACGGCUUGAUGGAAGUACAAAAUCAGAGGAAAGACUCAAGAUUGUAAAAGAGUUCAACAGUACACAAGAUGUUAACAUUUGCCUUGUCUCUACAAUGGCUGGUGGACUAGGCCUCAAUUUUGUCGGUGCCAAUGUUGUUGUAUUAUUUGAUCCUACUUGGAAUCCAGCCAAUGAUCUUCAAGCCAUUGACAGAGCAUAUAGGAUUGGACAAUGUAGAGAUGUCAAAGUGCUUAGGCUGAUAUCCUUGGGAACUGUGGAGGAAAUCAUGUAUUUACGACAGAUAUACAAGCAGCAACUUCACUGUGUGGUGGUUGGAAGUGAAAAUGCCAAACGAUAUUUUGAAGCAGUUCAAGGAUCUAAAGAGCAUCAAGGAGAGCUUUUUGGGAUCCAUAACCUCUUCAAAUUUAGGUCCCAAGGGUCUUGUCUUACGAAGGACAUCCUGGAGAGAGAAGGCCAAGUGGAAGCAGGGAUCAUGACAGCCACAACAUGGUUGAAAGAGGGACCUCCAGCACACAAACUAGAACUGCCUAGAGAGCCUGACUGUCAGGAAUGCAGAGGUCCAGAACAAGCUGCAGAGCCACUGGCAAAGGAAGCAUGUGAUCUCUGCAGUGACUUCAGUGAUGAAGAGCCAGUGGGAGCCACAGGAGUAAAGACUGCCAAAAACAAAGCACCCGAUUCAAGUAAAGCUUCCAGCUCUCCAGGACAGCUUCCCUUACUGCAGUGUGGUUUCUCAAAAUUGCUUGAAACAAAAUGUAAAGCAGUUGAGGAUAGUGACGGAAAUACUGCCUCUGAUGAUGAAAGUUCUGAUGAGCAGCCCACAUGCCUUUCAACAGAAGCCAAAGAUGCUGGUUGUGAGAAAAAUCAGGACGCUCUUGGUACUUCAAAACAUCAGAAAUUAGAUAACAUCCUAAAUCUAAAAGAAAAGCAUAUGUUUUAUAAAAGUGAGAAGAUUUUAGAACAGAAAAUUUCUUCUAAGUCUGAUGAGAAAAAAAUUAAAAAUACAGAUAAACAUUGCAUUUUACAGAAUGUCACAGAAUCAGAAGAUAGUGAUGUCAUCUGUCCUACGCAAUACACAACUGAGAGAUUCCCCAACAAUAGUAUAAGGUUUAAGCCACCCUUGGAGGGAUCUGAGGAUUCUGAAAUAGAACAUUCUGUAAAGACAAGAAAUAAUGAUAAUGGUCGAAACACUGAUGACAAAAGAAAUGGAAUAAUUUCAAAAAAGUUAAGUCCUGAGAAUACAACCCUGAAAUCUAUUGUGAAAAGAAAAGGCACCAGUGAUAUCAGUGAUGAAUCUGAUGACAUUGAAAUUUCUUCCAAGUCAAGAGUAAGAAAGAGAGCUACUAGUUCAUUGAGGUUUAAGAGAAUAAAAGAAACCAAAAAAGAACUUCACAAUUCUCCCCAAACAGUGAACAAAACAAACCAAGUGUGUGCAGCAAAUGAGGAUCAUAACUCUCAGUAUAUUGAUGAUUAUUCAUCCUCAGAUGAGAGUUUAUCUGUCAGCCACUUCAGUUUCUCUAAACAGAGCCAUAGACCAAGAACUGUAAGAGACAGAAACAGUUUUUCUUCAAAAUUGCCUAGCCAUAAUAAGAAAAAUAGCACUUUUAUUCCAAGAAAACCAAUGAAAUGUUCAAAUGAGAAAGUUGUCAAUCAAGAGCAGUCAUAUGAAUCAGUGGAUAAAUUUUUAGAUGGUGUUCAGGAAGUGGCUUAUAUUCACUCAAACCAGAAUGUGAUUGGAUCGAGCAAAGCUGAAAAUCACAUGAGCCGAUGGGCGGCACAUGACGUAUUUGAGUUGAAGCAGUUUUCCCAGCUGCCUGCUAACAUAGCUGUUUGCAGUUCUAAGACAUAUAAAGAAAAAGUGGAUGCAGAUAUAUUGCCACACACAAAGAAAGGCCAGCAACCGAGUGAAGGCAGCAUUUCACUUCCUCUUUACAUUUCAAAUCCUGUAAACCAGAAGAAGAAAAAAGUCUACCAUACAAACCAGACCACCUUCAUAAUUGGAGAAACACCAAAAGGAAUCCGCAGGAGCGCGUGACAUCGGCGGCCAGUUCCAUCAUCUGGGCUAUCGCACCCAAACCACCCAGCCCUGGGAACGGAUGCGACAAUGGACCCGAAGGCACCCUGCAAACUGUAACACUCACACUUGCCAGACGGCGCUUCCUGAAGGGUCACACUGAGCAUCUGUUUUCAGAGUUUCCUAUUUUCAAGAAAAAGAAAAAAUCCCUAUCUGUGCAUUAAAAAUGCAGGCCAAAACGUAUUUUCCACUUCUCCCCUCUGUUCACUUGGCUUUGGCUUAGCAUUUUCCCAAUCUGUGUUUCUUGGAGCACGAGUGCCCUUGAGAUAUGAGUAGAUGCCCCAUGAGAAAAGCCAAGUUCAGGAAUAUCCCUUCCUUGAGGUUAGAGUGUGCCCUCUCCUGUGAAAGGUCCUGAGAGGUGUAACCUUUUUAAACCAGUUUUCCAACUGACUGAGCCACAGGUCUUGUUUUCCUCCAUGGCAUACUCUAAAAUUCCUGGGGACCACUAGGGUCGCACGCAACAGAGGUAGGAACCCUGCUCUAGGCAAGUUGAGCCACUUGCCGUUCCGUCUCAGAGAGGUUGCCCUCGAGUUCUUGCCACCAGGAUCUUCUAGUAAGGGCGUCCCUAAUAAAGCCUGGCUGUUCCCCUUUUCCUUCUAUUCUAUGAGCUAGGCAGAAUGGUUCUGGCAAACCCAUCUUUCUGAGUCAGGUUGUCCAGAGGAAGUUCUGUUUCUUGCAACUAAAAGACUCUGACACAGACCAGCAGGCAAAAAGUCAGUGAAGGGAUUACCGUUCCAAACUAGAAAUUUCCCACAUUCACCUUAGCAUUGGAAUGGAUAAGUAUACGUCAUAUACAUUGUGUGCUAUAUUCACACACACUGCACAGCAACAAAAAUAAACUAUCUUCAACCUUAGGCAAUAAUGUGGGUGAAUAUCCAAAUACAAUUUGAAUACAAUGAGCUAGACACAAUUUGAAUUCAUUUAUAAGAAGGGAAAAGCCAGCAAAACUAACCUAUGUUGUUAGAAGUUAGGAUGGGGGACUGGGCGCGGUGGCUCACACCUGUAAUCCCAGCACUUUGGGAGGCCAAGGUGGGCGGAUCACGAGGUCAGGAGAUCGAGACCAUCCUGGCUAACAUGGUGAAACCCUGUCUCUACUAAAAAUACAAAAAGUUAGCCGGGUGUGGUGGCACGUGACUGUAAUCCCAGCUACUUGGGAGGCUGAGGUAGGAGAAUUGCUUCAACUCAGGAGGCGGAGGUUGCAGUGAGCUGAGAUCGUGCCACUGCACUCCAGCCUGGGCAACAGAGCAAGACUCCGUCUCAAAAAAAAAAAAAAAAUUAGGAUGGUACAGUUAGGAUAAGUUAGUUAGUAUAAGAAGUUAGGAUACAGGUGAAAAGGAGGGAAUACAGAAGGCUUCCAGCUGCCCUUACCACGCUGUUCUUGGUCUGUGUGCUGGUUGCCUGGACGUGUCCAGUUUGUGGACAUUCAUGAGCUCUAACCUUAGGAUAGAUGUGAUUUUCUGAAUGUAUGUUGUACUCCAACAAGAAGUUUCGGAGGUGGGUAUCAGAAAAGAUUGUUUCCCCACUGAGGGAUUCCUUUUGCAAAACCACACAAAGGAAACAUGUUGAUUUCAGGACCAAUAGAAAUCGAAUGAUACACCAAGUCGUCUUAGCUUACUUCACGUCUGCUUGGUUCUCACAUUUAUCUAAACAUUUGCACACACAAUCUUUACAUUGCCACACAUGUCAAAGAGUCAUCCUGUACUGAUCAUGGGGUUUUUGUUGUUUUUUUUUUUUUCUACUGAUUUUAUGCUGCUUCAUCCUUGGGGCCUUGUGGUCUUAGAAAGGAACUGCCCCUCCCAGGGUUAGCUGAGUCCUCCAGAGAGCAAACGACUCGCCGUUGGGUGUGCCUUUGCUUUGCAAGCUGACCAGUCCAGAGCCCGGACACCAGCCACCUCCUCUAUUUGGCUUUUACACUUCCAGGAGGCAGCCUUCCUCUGCCCCAAUCCCAGUGAGAGGUGAAGCCAGCUGGACUUCCGGGGUCGAGUGGGGACUUGGAGAACUUUUCUGUCUUACAAGAGGAUUGUAAAACGCCCCAGUCAGCACUCUGUAGUUAGGAUUGUAAAACGCACCAAUCAGUGCUCUGUGGCUAGCUAGAGGUUUGUAAAAUGCUCCAAUCAGUGCUCUGUAAAAACACACCAAUCAGCGCUCUGUAGCUAGCUAAAGGUUUGUAAAAUGGACCAAUCAGCACCCUGUAAAAUGGAUCAAUCAGCACCCUAUAAAAUGGACCAAUCAGCACUCUGUAAAAUAGACCAAUCAGCAGGACAUGAGGGGGGACAAAUAAGGGAAUAACAGCUGGCCACCCCACCCAGCCAGCAGCGGCAACAUGCUCGGGUCCCCUUCCAUGCUGUGGAAGCUUUGUUCUUUCACUCUUCACAAUAAAUCUUGGUGUUGCUCA